AUGGCCGAUGACAAUCAUUUGAGCGGCGGCUCAGCUGAUCAUCAUGAUCCCGACAACGGCUGCCGCGAUACUCAACUCGUCCUAAUCGAGCCUGACAAACACGUCAACCAGCCUGCCUCUGGCCCCUCGUUUCACAGUUUCCCGCCUUCCUUGGGAGCUGCGAAGGAUGGUCUGGGAAUUUGCUCUACCACGAAGCGUUUUCACAUCAGCGACACUGUGUCCCAAGACCUAGCGAAGUUCGGCGGUGCGAUUUCGGUGACCACGUCAAUCACCAAUGAGACCGAUAUCUACAUACGAACCUGGUUCAGUCCCAAACUCGACACGCUCACGCUCGACCCAGUCGAUCUUGUGUUGCUUGGACUUUUCGCGGAGGACGCCCGUUGCGACCUGAUCAACAGUCUCGGCUCUCCCACGACGUGUCUGCUGGUUCACGAUUGGUCUCGAACUUACGGACGGCUUAUCAAUCCCGUAUACCAGCAGUAUAUCAAGAGCCGUGACAAAAUUCUGCUCAACAUCGGAGAUGUCCGCUUUGUGCUCAAAGACAAGGUUUGGGACAUUGAAACGGCCGCGCAGGCGUUGGGAACUGUCGAACCUGGCGCGCAGGUCAUUCAUCUGAACGACACCGCCGCUCUGUGCAAGGGCCUCGAGCUGUGGGAGCACUGCUGCCAAUAUGAAACAACUGCCUCCUGGGCAAACAAACACUGCGAUGUCGGAGCUUGGUUGAAGAUGGCUAUCGAUGAGGGAAAGAGAGAAGGAGCUCGAGGAUGGAUGAGAAGAUACAAGGCAUGGGUAGUGGAGGAGCAGGCGUACGAGAAGCGUCUUGUCUCUCCUGAGGCCUAUUACGUGCUCCGACUCGCUGACCAUAUCCUUUCCGCCCCCGGCUUACGACCAAACCGACAUUGCGGCCAUGAAAUCGUGGACUACACCGGAAGACUCAAGAAGGACCACCCUCUGGUUGGGGAGCUCGACAUCAAGAUGCCGGAGAUCAUUCCUGUCUGCACAAUCAACAUUCUUGGGCGAUGCUGCUGUUGA